AUGGGCGAACCAUCGACGAAGCGGCGCAAAGUCCGUAAAGGAACACGCAGCUGCUGGGAAUGCCGUAGACGCAAGAUCAAGUGUCAAUUCAACAGCGACGAAGAUGCAAUCUGCGUGGGCUGUAUCCAGCGCGAGACGACAUGCAUCUCGCAAGAGUACGUCCAGGAGCCUGCAGCUCCCACGCAGGACAAGCGUCUCGCGCAGCGCCUCGGACGACUCGAAAUGUUGAUGGAGAAGCUGGUCGACAAUUCAGUCCCUGAACCUUCGCCUGCCCGAAGAGUGCAUAUCCCUUCGCCCUCCGAUUCGGAUGAACCGUCUACCUUUCGUCGCUUCACGCAACAAGCGGCUGAUGUGUUUGACUCUUCAGUCGUGGAUAAUGCCCAGCACAUGACAUCUACAUUAAACCAUUCCGAUACACCUCUGACAUCCCUCCCCGAUUCAACCCCCAUAGUCCCCCCAAUCCGCUUCCCAUCCCGCCUAGCGAAAGCAAAUCACAUCUCCCCCCAACUACACGCCCUCUUCCCACCCCAAAGAACCCUGUACGCCAUCUCCCAGCAGAGUCCCGGUGCACGCUUCGUCCUCGCAGCAUUUUACUCCCAAAAAGAUCAAAUCGACGGAAAACCAGAACCUCUUUCAUCUCUAGCCCAGAUCCCAGAUGUCACCAGCCAUCCCGCUAUCCUGGCCAAGCGGCUUCUGCAGCUGGCAACAAUGGAAGAAUGGGUAUCUGUUGCAUCCAGGCUAGUCACAUCAGACGACGACUUUGUAGGAUGCCUCGAAGGUCUAGAGUGUCUCAUCAUCCAGAGCUUCUAUCAAAGCGACGCUGGCCAAUUGCGCAAGGCAUGGAUGACAUGUCGUCGCGCUCUCAACAUGGCCCAACUCAUGGGAAUAGAUCGUCGAUCAGCAAAGUCGAUCCGUUCUUGCGAUCCAUCAUUUGACCCUCGACGUCGUCCAUCCCCAGGUGUAAUGUGGUUCCGCAUCAACUGCAACGACCGCUACCUCUCCCUCAUCCUUGGUCUCCCCAUUGGAUCCCGCGACAACUGGUUCGCCCUGGAUGAUAAUAUUCAGUCCGAUGCACCUAGCGACAAGCUCGGAAAGGUUUACGCCGACAUUUCUGGUAAAAUCGCCGACAGAAACGAAAUGACGGGCAGCGAAGCAUACGCCCUAACGCAAUCAAUCGACCUAGAACUUGAGAAAGCCUUCAAGAUGAUGGACGUCCUAUGGUGGAAACUCCCGGAUAUGGCCAUAUGCUGCAACUCAUCUGACACAUCCGGCGACAACAUGUCGGUCGUCAAGCUCCAGAUCCGUCACUACUCGCUCCUCAUCCUGCUCCACCUCCCAUAUCUUCUUCGGGACCGUGGCCAGAGACGGUACGAGUACAACCGCGCCACGUGCAUGCAAGCAAGUCGCGAUGUUUUGCACCGCUUUCUCGAGUACCGGACUUGUUUCACAACAGCCAUCGCCGGUCGGCACGUCGAUUACUCUGCCUUAGUAGCAGCCAUGACACUCCUCCUGGGUUACCUAGGCUGGCGAUGGCCCGGGUAUGAAGCCCAGCGAGCUCAAGAUCGAGAAUUGGCCGAAAAGGCACAGGACAAGAUGCACGAAAUGGGAGCCUUGAACAACGACAGACUCUGCAUCGAAGCAGCCGAAACAAUCCGUCAGCUCCUCCCCAUCGUCCAAAGACCUACAAACGGAGAAGAGAGAAAUGUUCAUCUCAACAUCCCCUUCUUAGGAACUGUCAACAUCAAUCCGGGCCCAUCACCUCCGCCAUCUACAGCAGGCCUGAUUCCAACGCCCACGGGCAACACAGAGGGAGGGUUACCGUCAGAAAUCCCCUUCUCCUUCUCUCUCAAUGAACCUUCGUUCACACCCCAGCCACCCGAGAUUACCGACAUUUCCACAACCUGUCCUCUCGAGAAUGCAGUCCCCGACUGUGUAACUGCCGAAUGGCCAUGCUUCACGGCUGAUCCAGAGGAUUGGGCUCUGCAAGGAGUAGAUACGACCUACUGGUCCAUGUUAAAUAGCAGCAUAGCAUGAAAAGAUAGAGUCAGGUGGCCAAGGAUCGGCGUCGUGUUUAUUAGAUUAUGCUGUAUACC